CCUAACAACCGAUAUGGCUGGACAAAAGAUAAAGCUGAAUGAUUUAACCAGAAACUUGGCUAUGAGUACCACCCCAACGACGAUGGGCAAGGUGCCCAGUUCUUGCGCCGACCUCAAGUCAUUGGGUUACCAAAAGAGCGGCAUCUUUUCCUUCAUGGGAAACAAGCAGGUGGAAAGCGUCUACUGCGACUUCACGAAACCCAACGACGAUGCAGCUUUCGAGACAUGGAUUGGCAUCGUCGACACGAAAACCAAACGUGUUUACUUCCACGCUCAACGAAAUUCUAAAUUCGACGCACUUAACAUCAUUCCAUUUGAGAAAUUACGGACGAACGUGGGUGAAGCCAUGGAACUAACGGGAAUCUUCACCGCUCCCGUCCCGGGAACAUAUUUCUUUGCUUAUUCGGGUGUAAGCUUUGCAACUAGCCAAGCGCGGGUCGAUUUGGAGACGAAGGUGGCGCCAGAUGGCGACUGGUUCAGAGUUGGAGAAGCUUAUGCCACUGACGGCAACUACGAGACCUACUCUCUCCAGUCAACGUUACGCCUGAGCAAAGGCGACCAAAUCAGACUCAAAUUGUCGGAAGGCAAGCUCCACGAGGACGCAGCCUAUCAUUUUACAAAUUUUGUUGGUUUACUACUCGACGAGGAUCUGUAGCAAGAUCAUGUUGAUAUUUACAA